GAUCAGUACCACAGUAAGAAGAAAGAAAGAAGAAAGCUCGGAGGAUCUCUGACGCGUUUUUUCCGCACAGCCAUGAGCGCAGGAGAAGGACUGGAUGAGGCGGCGAAGGACGCGGCAGACAUAGCGGCGUUUUUCAAAUCCGAUUGCUCUCUUCCAAAAUGUGAAUCCAAACUGGACGGUCCAGGUCAGACCUCAGGGUUUCAUCGCAAUGAGGACAUGAAGGCCAUCGAUGUGCUUCCCAUCCUCAAGGAGAAGGUUGCUUUUCUCUCAGGUGGCAGAGACAGGCGCGGUGGUCCCGUCCUCACCUUUCCAGCACGGAGCAACCACGACAGAAUACGACCUGAAGACCUGCGCAGGCUGAUAGCCUACCUGGCUACUAUCCCCAGUGAGGAGGUGGCCCGACAUGGCUUCACCGUUAUCGUGGACAUGCGCGGUUCCAAAUGGGACAGCAUCAAGCCUCUGCUGAAAAUCCUUCAGGAGUCCUUCCCUUCUUGCAUCCACGUUGCCCUCAUCAUCAAACCAGACAACUUCUGGCAGAAGCAGAGGACCAACUUUGGCAGCUCCAAGUUUGAGUUUGAGACGGUGAUGGUCUCUUUAGAGGGCUUGACCAAGAUAGUGGAUCCAUCCCAGCUGACAGCUGACUUCGAGGGCAGCUUAGAGUACAACCAUGAUGACUGGAUUGAGGUGCGGCUGUCAUUUGAGACCUUUGCCAGCGAUGCGGCACGGGCUCUGGCACGCCUUGAGGAGCUCCAGGAUACCUUGUCCCAGCGCGAUCUCCCACGUGACCUGGAGGGGUCCCGGCGACUCAUGGAAGAGCACGCUGCACUGAAGAAAAGGGCCACCAAAGCAUCCGUGGAAGAGCUGGACACGCAGGGUCGAAGGCUGCUCCAAAGGCUACAGGCACAAACUGUCGGAGGCGGGAGUAGCAUCGACAGCGGCUAUGGCAACCGCACUGGAGGAGCUAGCAGUGAUUCCAAUGACCACCAUCACGGGUUCUACGUGCAUGCGGACAUACACAACCUUGUGGCUAAUGUGACGGGUUUGUUGGAUAAGCUGCACGGGACGCGGCAGAAUCUGCAGCAGCUCUGGCACAUGAGGAAGCUGAAGCUGGACCAGUGUUUCCAGCUCCGACUCUUUGAACAGGAUGCUGAGAAGAUGUUUGACUGGAUCAUGCACAACAAGGGACUUUUCCUCACCAGCUAUACUGAGAUCGGGGGGAACCAUCAGCAUGCAGUUGAAUUGCAGACCCAGCACAACCACUUUGCCAUGAACUGUAUGAAUGUGUAUGUGAAUAUCAAUCGGAUCAUGUCAGUCGGAAACCGGCUGCUGGAGUCGGGCCACUACGCCUCCCAGCAGAUCCAGCAGAUCUCAGGCCAGCUGGAGCAGGAGUGGAAGGCUUUUGCUGCAGCCCUGGAUGAACGCAGCACGUUACUGGAGAUGUCCGCCAGCUUCCACCAGAAAGCAGACCAGUACAUGAGUAAAGUGGAGCCCUGGUGUAAGGCUUGUGGUGAAGGAGAACUUCCUUCUGAACUCCAGGAUCUGGAAGAUACCAUCCACCAUCACCAGGGACUGUAUGAGCACAUUACUACUGCAUAUUCUGAGGUCAGUCAGGAUGGGAAGUCUCUGUUGGACAAACUGCAGCGACCUUUGACCCCUGGAAGUGCCGAUUCGUUGAUGGCAUCGGCCAAUUAUUCCAAGGCGGUGCACCACGUCCUGGACAUCAUCCACGAGGUGCUGCAUCACCAGAGACAGCUGGAGAACAUCUGGCAGCAUCGCAAAGUUCGCCUGCACCAGCGGCUGCAACUGUGUGUUUUUCAGCAGGAUGUGCAGCAAGUGCUGGACUGGAUUGAAAAUCACGGUGAGGCCUUCCUCAGUAAACACACUGGUGUCGGAAAGUCUUUGCACAGAGCUCGAGCUCUGCAGAAGAGACAUGAAGACUUUGAAGAAGUAGCACAGAACACCUACACCAAUGCUGACAAGUUGUUAGAGGCAGCAGAGCAGCUGGCCCAGACCGGAGAGUGCGAUCCAGAAGAAAUUUACCAGGCUGCUCACCAGCUAGAAGAUCGCAUCCAGGACUUUGUGCGACGUGUGGAGCAACGUAAAGUCCUGCUAGACAUGUCUGUGGCUUUCCACACACAUGUCAAAGAGUUAUGGACGUGGUUGGAGGAACUUCAGAAGGAGCUACUGGAUGAUGUGUAUGCAGAGUCGGUGGAGGCGGUGCAGGAUCUGAUCAAACGUUUUGGUCAGCAGCAACAGACUACUCUGCAAGCAACGGUUAAUGUCAUCAAGGAGGGAGAGGACCUCAUACAGCAGCUCAGAGAUUCAGCCAUCUCGAGUAACAAGACGCCUCACAACAGCUCCAUGGCACACAUCGAGAGCGUGCUGCAGCAGCUGGAUGAAGCCCAAGGUCAAAUGGAGGAACUCUUCCAAGAACGAAAGAUCAAACUGGAGCUUUUCCUCCAGCUUCGCAUCUUUGAGCGGGACGCCAUUGAUAUUAUCUCAGAUCUGGAGUCAUGGAACGAGGAACUGUCGCAGCAGAUGAAUGACUUUGACACUGAGGACCUGACGCUGGCCGAGCAGAGGCUGCAGCAUCAUGCGGACAAGGCUCUUACGAUGAAUAACCUGACAUUCGAUGUUAUCCAUCAGGGACAGGAGCUGCUGCAGUAUGUCACAGAGGUGCAGGCCACCGGUGUAGAGCUGUUAUGUGACCGAGAUGUGGACAUGGCCACCCGGGUCCAGGACCUGCUGGAGUUUCUCCACGAGAAGCAGCAGGAGUUGGACCUGGUAGCAGAAAAGCACAGGAGACACUUGGAACAGUGCGUCCAACUUAGACAUCUGCAGGCUGAAGUCAAACAGGUUCUGGGUUGGAUCCGUAAUGGUGAGUCCAUGUUAAAUGCGGGUCUGAUCACAGCCAGCUCACUACAGGAAGCUGAACAGCUGCAGAAGGAACAUGAACAAUUCCAACAUGCUAUUGAGAAAACCCAUCAGAGUGCGCUGCAGGUGCAGCAGAAGGCGGAGGCCUUGCUCCAGGCCAACCACUACAACAUGGACAUGAUCAGAGAGUGUGCAGAAAAGGUGGCAGAUCACUGGCAGCAGCUGAUGCUCAAGAUGGAAAGACCGUCUCAGCUGGUGAAUGCUUCUGUGGCCUUCUACAAGCCUCGAGCAGGUAUUUUUGUGACUGUGCAUGACUCCGUGUGCAGCGUGUUGGAGAGCCUGGAGCAGGAGUAUAAGCGAGAGGAGGACUGGUGUGGUGGAGCUGAUAAACUGGGUCCGAACAGUGAGACGGACCACGUCACGCCGAUGAUCAGCAAGCAUCUGGAGCAGAAAGAGGCCUUCCUCAAGGCUUGUACCUUAGCGAGGCGAAACGCUGAUGUCUUUCUGAAGUACCUGCACAGAAACAGCGUCAACAUGCCGGGAAUGUUGUCUCACGUCAAAGCUCCGGAAACUCAGGUCAAGAACAUCUUGAACGAGUUGCUGCAGAGAGAGAAUAGAGUGCUCCACUUCUGGACCAUGAGAAAGCGGCGGCUCGACCAGUGCCAGCAAUAUGUCGUGUUUGAACGCAGCGCCAAACAGGCUCUGGAGUGGAUCCACGACACCGGCGAGUUUUACCUGUCCACACACACUUCCACCGGCUCCAGCAUCCAUCACACACAGGAGCUUCUCAAAGAGCAUGAAGACUUCCAGAUCACAGCGAAGCAAACCAAAGAGCGGGUAAAACUGUUGAUCCAGCUGGCUGAUGGGUUUUGUGACAAAGGCCACGCCCAUGCCCUGGAGAUAAAGAAAUGGGUGUCCUCGGUGGACAAGCGCUACAGGGACUUUUCUCUCCGUAUGGACAAAUACCGAACCUGCCUGGAAACGGCGCUCGGCAUUUCUUCUGACUCCAACAAGGCUAGUAAAGACCUGCAGCUGGACAUCAUCCCGGCGAGCGCUCCGGGGUCAGAGGUCAAGCUGAGGGAUGCUGCUCACGAGCUCAAUGAGGAGAAGAGGAAGUCGGCCCGACGGAAAGAAUUUAUCAUGGCCGAGCUGAUUCAAACGGAGAAAGCUUACGUCAGAGACCUUCGAGAGUGUAUGGAUACAUACUUGUGGGAGAUGACCAGUGGUGUGGAGGAAAUUCCCCCUGGUAUCGUCAACAAGGAGCACAUUAUUUUUGGCAACAUGCAGGACCUCUACGAGUUUCAUCACAAUAUCUUCCUGAAGGAGCUGGAGAAGUACGAGCAACUUCCAGAAGAUGUGGGCCAUUGUUUUGUAAAUACUGUGUCUCAUGCUCAGGCUGAUAAGUUCCAGAUGUAUGUGAACUACUGCAAGAACAAGCCAGACUCGACUCAGCUCAUCCUGGAGCAUGCUGGAUCUUACUUUGAUGAAAUCCAGCAAAGACAUCGUCUCCCCAACUCCAUCUCCUCUUACUUGAUCAAACCGGUCCAAAGAAUCACAAAGUACCAGCUGCUUCUCAAGGAGUUGCUGACGUGUUGUGAGGAGGGUAAAGGAGAGAUCAAAGAUGGUCUGGAGGUGAUGCUCAGUGUGCCCAAAAAAGCUAAUGAUGCUAUGCACCUGUCUAUGCUGGAUGGGUUUGAUGGUAACAUUGACUCACAGGGAGAGCUAAUUCUCCAGGAGUCCUUCCAGGUGUGGGAUCCCAAAACCCUGAUUCGGAAAGGUCGAGACCGACACCUCUUCCUCUUUGAGAUGUCGUUGGUGUUUAGCAAGGAAGUCAAAGAUUCCAACGGGCGCAGCAAGUACCUUUACAAGAGCAAGCUGUUUACAUCAGAGCUUGGAGUGACGGAACAUGUGGAGGGAGAUCCUUGUAAGUUUGCUCUGUGGGUAGGCCGGACCCCGACCUCAGACAACAAGAUUGUCCUCAAGGCUUCAAGCAUCGAGAACAAGCAGGACUGGAUUAAACACAUUCGGGAGGUGAUCCAGGAGCGAACUGUCCACCUGCGCGGAGCCCUGAAGGAACCUAUCCAUAUCCCAAAAGCAACAACGACUAAACUUAAGGGCAGAAGGGACGGAGAAGAACUCGACAGCCAAGGAGACGCUAGCAGCCAACCAGACACAAUCUCUAUCGCCUCCCGCACCUCCCAAAACACACUGGACAGUGACAAGUUAUCCGGUGGCUGCGAACUCACCGUCGUGAUCCAUGAUUUUGUGGCCGGUAAUGGCGGCAACAGUGGGGAGCUGACGGUGCGCCGAGGUCAAACGGUGGAGGUUCUGGAGCGACUCCAUGACAAACCAGAUUGGUGUCUGGUCCGAACCACAGACCGCUCUCCAGCUCAGGAGGGAAUCGUACCUUGCUCCAUGCUCUGCAUCGCCCAUUCCAGGUCCUCCAUGGAGAUGGAGGGGCUCUUCAACCAUAAAGACACCUUAUCUGUAUCUAGUAAUGACGCACUCCAGCCAGGCUCCAGCCAUACUCUGGGUCCUCACAGCUCGCCGGGUCCCAAACGUCCCGGCAACACGCUAAGGAAGUGGCUGACCAGCCCUGUACGCCGUCUCAGCUCCGGCAAGGCCGAUGGUCACGUUAAGAAACUUGCCCACAAGCACAAGAAGAACCGGGAAGGCACAAGAAAGAACGUAGACACGGGACCCGGUUCUCAGAAGGACUCUGACGACAGCGCUGCCACACCUCAGGAUGAGACCCUCGAGGAACGUAUGCGUAAUGAGGGUCUGAGCAGCGGGACUCUGUCCAAGUCUUCUUCAUCGGGCAUGCAGAGCUGCGGGGAGGAAGAAGGAGAGGAGGGAGCCGACGCCGUCCCUCUACCUCCCCCUAUGGCCAUCCAGCAGCACAGCCUGCUGCAGCCCGACUCUCAAGACGACAAGUCUGCAUCUCGUCUGUCUGCUCGUCCCAGUAGUUCAGAGACGCCAAGCGCUGCCGAACUGGUCAGCGCCAUCGAGGAGCUGGUGAAAAGCAAAAUGUCUCUGGAAGAUCGUCCCAGUUCUCUAUCAGUGGAACAGGGCGACAGCAGCUCCCCUUCCUUCAAUCCAUCCGACAACUCCCUCCUUUCCUCUUCCUCACCCAUCGAUGAUGUGGACGAGCGUAAAUCUGGAUUCGUCAAGAGGAGACAUUAUGUGUUGCUGGAGCUGGUGGAGACUGAGAGGGACUAUGUCAGAGACUUAGGUUUAGUAGUGGAGGGUUACAUGAGCAGGAUGAAAGAAGAAGGUGUUCCAGACGACAUGAGGGGAAAAGACAAGAUCGUCUUUGGAAACAUCCACCAGAUCUAUGACUGGCACAAAGAUUUUUUCCUGGGAGAGCUUGAGAAGUGCUUUGAGGAUCCGGAUCGCCUGGCUCCACUGUUUGUCAAACAGGAGCGGAGGCUGCACAUGUACAUAGUGUACUGCCAGAACAAACCCAAAUCUGAGCACAUUGUGUCAGAGUACAUCGACACCUAUUUUGAAGAUCUUAAGCAGAGAUUGGGCCACAGACUGCAGAUCACUGAUCUCCUGAUCAAACCUGUCCAACGCAUUAUGAAGUACCAGCUACUACUGAAGGAUCUUCUCAAAAUUUCUAAGAAGGCCGGGGUGGACACUGCAGAGCUGGAGAAAGCCGUGGAGGUGAUGUGUGUCGUCCCCAAACGAUGUAACGACAUGAUGAAUGUUGGUCGCCUUCAAGGCUUUGAUGGUAAGAUUGUAGCCCAAGGCAGAUUGCUCCUCCAAGACACUUUUAUGGUGUCAGACCAGGAUGGGGGACUUCUGUCCAGAAUGAAAGAGAGAAGAGUCUUCCUCUUUGAGCAGAUUGUCAUCUUCAGUGAACCCCUGGAUAAAAAGAAGGGCUUCACUACUCCUGGCUACCUCUUCAAGAACAGCAUUAAGGUGAGCUGGUUGGGUCUGGAGGAAAAUCCAGAUGACCCCUGCAAGUUCAUACUGACCUCCAGGUCAUCUAGCGGCAGCUUGGAGAGGUAUACCCUCCAUUCAACGAGCCCUGGAAUCAGUCAGAUCUGGGUCCACCAGGUCAGCCAGAUACUUGAGAACCAGCGUAAUUUCCUCAAUGCUCUAACAUCUCCCAUAGAGUACCAGAGGAACCACGUGGGUGGCUGUGGGCCAGGCGCUCCACCCGGCAGCAGUAGCAGUAAUGCUGGAGGACUGGCAGGAGGCUGCACCUCCAACAGUUCUUCCAGCAUGGGGGGUGGAGGCGGCGGUGGCUCUGGAGGAUCAGGAGGCAACUCCGCCUCUCUUUGUGGCCCACGGUCCCGACCCUCCCGUAUCCCCCAGCCCUCUUCACCUCCCCAACCUGUCCACCACCACCAUCCCCCGGGCCCUGAUGGGCCUGACAGAUCAGCAGGUAUGUGGUCACCCUGCCAUCCUCAGACUCCUCAAUUCCUUUCCCCUAACAUGUUUUCAGACACCACUACAAAUGGGGAGGUACUAGCAUCAGAGGUCUCUAAACUGAGGAUGCUGGAUGGUCCUCAUGGAACUAACAGUAACAACAGCAACAGGCCAUUGGGCAUCUUGGAGGGCAGUGGAAGACUGGGUCUGGGAGGCUAUGAAGAAAACCAGAAAUAUCAGACAUCCGGUAUACCACAGAUGGCGGUGGCUCCUUUAAAUGUCUCCGUCAAAAGCCCUCUAGUUGGGAUGGUUUCUCCCUUGAUGUCACCUCAGUCCUCUGGAGGAGGAGGAGGUCAAGGGAAGGAUGCUCACAUCCCCACCAGUCCACCACAUAAAGGCAACUCUUUCUGGGCUACGGUUCCCGUUGUCCCUCCCUCUCAAGGAAGCCGGCCCAGUUCCUUCUCUUACUCCAGCGAUGGUGGAGGUUUGGAUUCUCUGGGCAGAGGAAGCCAUGGGACGCCCUCACAUCAUCGUCACUCCACCCACAGUAAGGACAUAGACCGCAUGAGCACCUGUUCCUCCACCAGUGAGCAGUCCAUACAGUCCACCCAAAGCAACGGGAGUGAAAGCAGUAGCAGCAGCAGUGUGUCCACCAUGCUGGUGACGCAGGACUAUGUGGCAGUGAAGGAGGAUGAGAUCAGUGUGUUGCAGGGUGAGGUUGUUCAGACGUUAGCCAGCAACCAGCAGAACAUGUUUCUAGUGUACCGGGCAGCCAACGAGCACUGUCCUGCUGCUGAGGGCUGGAUCCCAGGCUACGUAUUGGGACAUACCUCAUCCUCCAUCACCCCUGAAUUCCCCGAAGGAACCAUCAAAAAAUCAUUAUCAUGGCACACAGCACUCCGUAUCCGCCGAAAAUCUGAGAAAAGAGACAAGGAGGGCAGGAAGGUAGAGAACGGGUACCGCAGAUCUCAGGAUGGCCUGGCCAACAAAGUCUCUGUCAAGCUUCUGAAUCCCAACUACAUCUAUGAUGCUCCACCAGAGUUUCUCAUCCCCCUCAACAGUGCAUCAUGUGAGAGUGGCGACGGCGUAACUCUGCGGUGCAAAGUAUGCGGUCGACCCCGGGCAACCGUCAUGUGGCGGGGACCGGAAAACGACACGCUCAGCAACAAUGGGCACUACAGCAUUACGUACAGCGAGACAGGUGAGGCAGCCCUGAGGAUCCUGAGUGUCUCUGUUGAGGACAGCGGUCUGUACACCUGUGUUGCCACAAAUGUAGCAGGCUCUGUCUUCUCUUCUGCCACCCUCACAGUCUCAGGAUCCACUGAUGAUGGCAGCGAAGUCCUCUGGAAAAACAGCUUUGAGUCCCACUACACAGAAAUCAGUGAGCUAGGAAGGGGUCGGUUCUCAGUGGCGAAGCGGUGUGACCAAAGAGGGAGUAAACGGACAGUAGCGGCAAAACAUGUGAACAAGAAGCUGCUGCGUCGAGAACAGGUGCUGCAGGAGAUCAGACUCCUGCAGACUCUGGACCAUGAUCACCUGGUCAAACUGCUGGACACGUAUGAGACGGCCAACAGCUACAUACUCAUACUGGAGAUGGCAGACCAGGGACGGUUGCUGGACUACAUCGUGAGCUGGGGAAACCUGACGGAGGAGAAGGUAGCUCUGUAUCUCAGAGACAUUCUUGAAGGUCUCCACUAUCUGCACAGCUGGAGGAUAGCACACCUCGAUCUCAAGCCUGAGAACAUAGUGGUGGAACACGCGUAUUCUCAGCCGGUCGUCAAGCUGACAGACUUUGGUGACGCUGUUCAGCUGAAUCCUCCUGCUUCCUACAUCCAUGCUCUUCUGGGGAGCCCAGAAUUCUCUGCUCCAGAGCUGGUUCUGGGUCAGCCUGUCUCACUAAUGUCUGACCUCUGGAGCUUAGGGGUGGUGACGUACGUUGUCCUGAGUGGUGCCUCACCUUUCCUGGAUGAGAGUUUGGAGGAGACGUGUCUGAACAUCUGCCAUCUUGACUUCAGCUUCCCAGAGGACUACUUCCAGGGAGUGAGUUCAGCUGCCAGAGACUUUGUCUGCCUGCUGCUCCAAGGAGAUCCUGAGCAACGGCCGCCUGCAGAGUCUUGCCUGCAGGAGUCCUGGCUCCAACAUCGAGGUGUGACAAGCCGAGACUCUGGUGCGCCACAGAAUCUCCCCACUGCACAUCUGGACACGUCCAGACUCAUUUCCUUCAUUGAGAGACGCAAACACCAGAACGAUGUCCGGCCCAUAGGCUCCAUUAAGACCUUCCUUCACAGCCGCCUGAUCAACCACAUUUAACAGCUGUACCUAAAAUCUGUAAGUUGCAAACUGUUCAGGAAAAAAAGGACCACCAGUGUCUCAUUUUACACAUGAUCCCCUUUUACCUCACUAAGCCACAAAGUCCUACUGCUGCUGACUGUCUGACCUCUGCUGAUAUCCCCUUUGGCUCCUCUCCCUCCACCCGCCAGCCUUGGCAUAUUGUCGUUAUGCCUGCACAACAAACCAAGUGUUGGAAUCUGUGUGAGAUUUCAAACAUUGACUUGGCAGGGAGAAAACCAAGCUUUCUGAACAAGCCAGCGAGACUAAGACUUGUGUUUUUGACAGUGUUAUUGACAGAGAAUAGAAAUACUGUAUAAUAAGAGUUCAUUCAGGCUGCUUUCGGUCGAACACAAGAAAAAUGCUUUUUGUAACGAGAGAUUACUUUUUGUAACUGAAACUAUGUACAGCGAGGAAACAGAGAACUGUCUUUAUUCCUACGAAAAAUAAAGCUUAGUUAGUAAGAUGAAGUAAAACAAGAGUAAUAAGACGAACAAAUAUGCACCUGCCAGCAGGGGGCGCUUAUUAUUCUAGAACAAGAUGAAGACCAAAAUCAUGUUUUCCAGAAACACGUUGUAGUACCAUUCAGUGCAAUAGUUGCUUAUAUUUACCUUGAAAGGUGAAAUCAUUUCAUUUCGUUACAUUUUGACAAAUGAACUCGACGAAAUUUUUAAGCUAUUUGGCAAAGCUUCUCAGAUUUCUACCUGCAUCCGCCUUACAUGUAAAUAACCUUUCAUUCUCUCUCUCUCUCUCUUUUUUUUUGUUUGUUUUUUUGAAGAGGUUGAGUCACAAUAACAUAAUCUGUCUCAUUUGCUGAGUAUUAGUGAGCCCAGGCCCAGUUGGCGAGGUGAGUCGGGGAGCCGAAAACUCCCCGGGGACUCUCGGCAGCCAGAUUUCAACUAUGAACAAACCGCUACUAGAAGUGCACUCGUAUUUUGCAUUAAGUCCCAUGUGCAAUGUUGCAGCUUUAACAUUUAUGCAACUAUUUAUGAAGACUUGUGUUGUAGCCGUAAUCUUAAAGAGGCAUGUACGUACCUGGUACUGCUUUAGAUGUCUGUAUUGUGUUAACGCUUAUGUAUUAAUUUCAGUAUUAAUGUCUGCAAGCCCUUAAAACCAGAGGAACCUUGCAGAAAUUAACAUGUAAAAUGUGUAUCUAUAAUCUCUAGGCACUUAUACGUUCAUUUGGUCAUCGUUCUCUUUUUAGUUUUGUAACAAAACCAAAGUUGGCUCUUUCUUGAUUGAUCAUGUUAAGAUGUACUGUAUGAGGGUUUACAUCAGUCCAGUCCAGCUUUAUUUAUUCCAUGUGCAAUGAGAGAUUGUUUGAUGGCUCUUUACUGAAGUUUCAUUAUCACGUGUCUUUUUCUCCCCCACCCCGAAAGUUAUUUUCUCUGAGUUUGGCUUUUGUACAUGUCAAUAGAUUGUUCAGCAUCUCAUUUUGACUUCACAAGACAGAUGUGGGUAAGAUUCGUAGAAAUGUCGCACUGUGUCAUCAGUCGCAGUGGAUUUGGAAUGAUUGGAUUGACAUUUACAUUUUUAGGAGACUGCUCAAACUUAGAAUUUGCCCUUUUUCAUAAUUGUGAUCAUAAAGAAGUAUCUUUUGGUAAAAUCAUCACUUGCAUUUGAAUAGUUGAUAUUUUUAAGUUAAAACAUAGAAAACUGCUUUGUUUUUUCGAAGUGCCAGUUCUUUGAGUGGACCAAGAGAUGGGUGAAACUAAAAACUUGCAUUGUUUCUUAUGUUAUUUACAUAUAUUUAACAAUUAUUGUAUAGAAAAACUGAGUUAAUGUCAAUAAUAUGUCGAGUUCAAUGGCUCUUGUUGGUUUGUACAGUCUCAUUUCAUAUCAGUUUUUAAUUUAUUUUUAUGCAUCUGGAUUUCUCAAAAUCUUAAUCAUUUUACUGAAUUCUCAUGAGCUUAAUCAUAGAAACGUAUGCUCUAAGUAAUAAAAUGCCUUUGGGAAACCUAAACUCUUCAUAUGAUGUAAAGAUGUACAGAGAGGGCGGGGCCAUCAGCCCGUGCCCAGGAUGUAAACCUCGUGUCAUAUUUUAAAUACACAUAGACUGCAGCAAUGUCAUUCUGAAUGUCUUAUUAUGACUUAUUUUUACUUUUGCAUGUAUAUUUCUUUGUACAGAAGAUUGUGUUAACAUGUUACUUAGUGUUGUAAAUAUUUAUUUUGUCUUCUGUUAUUUUGCCAUUAAACGUACAAGGAACAGCUC